UUACAGCGUCUCUUAGUUUACGAUUCCAUCUUUUCCCCGAUGUCAUGACGACGCCCGGUACGCUUGGCAUGCGCUUUAAGUAUCGAACAUAUCCAGACUAUCUGCUAGAGACGUCUUGAAAGACAAUCGAAUACAAACAUGGAUCAACUCAGUCUCGUUGAUAAGCCGCUAGCAUGGUUGCUCUUGCUGGUUGGGGUACUUGUUGUGGCAUUCUUUCAGCGAGAUCGACUACAAAAGGCAGUCAGUCGAUCUCCGCUAGUGCCAACGACAUCACUAAGCAACAAGAAACUCGAGCUCGUGGAUCCAGAAGCUAUAUACAACGCCAUCACUCCCCUACCAAACUUCAACCUUGAAACAGAAGCGCCUCUCAAACUUCGUCCGUUCAAACCCAAGUUCCACAUGACUAUGGCUCUCGAGAACACCACCCUUAAUGACCUCCUAGCAAUGGAUAACACGUACCGUACGCGUUUGCAAAUACGAACACAACUUCUCCAAGAAGAACGUCACGAAGUCCUCGCAUGCAACCCAGAAGCCGUCCCCGCAGUCCAAGAGCUCUACAAAUGGCUCAUAGGAACUUACCUACCCCAACGCUUCCCAAGUCUAUACCGCAUCACAGAAUCAGGCAAGCAUCUGCGGAACCACGUCACAGAUACCCUCGUCCCAUUACACAUGACCAACGGAGAAGAAGCACUGGAAAUUCUAGGUGCGAACAUCGACACGGAAUUCCUGUUACUCACUCCUUCUCCUUCUACAUCUGCACCUACUACUCCAACGAAAUACGUAUUAACAGCCUUCGUAAACUGCUUUCCAAGCGGCUUCAACACACGCUCAAAACUUGGCCAACUCCUUGCUGACAUCCAUGCUCCCGUCCCCGGUUACGCUGCAAAGCUCGAGAAGAGUAUGGAUCGCUUCUUUGCCAAUCUACCGGUGGGCAAGAUUGUCAAGCGGAGUAAUUGGAGCAUCAGUACGAAUGGCGAGUUGUUCUGCUUGAAGGGUAAUCAUAUGAGCGAAGAGGAGAUGAAAAGAAAGCAAGAGGUGGGGGAUGAAGAGGAUAUUGAUUUGAACAAGUCGGUGGUAAGGUGUGAGAGGCAGACGUUGCACCGUUUACCAAAGACCGGAGCAUUGGUUUUUGCGUUCAAGACCUACCAGUAUCCCCUCCGUGAAUUGAGGGACGAAGGAAGUGGACAGGUUCUUGCGGAAGCUAUCGACGGGUUAGGCCUGGGCAGUGUACCAGCAAUGACUAUCUACAAGCGUCAGGUCAUUUGGGGUGAUAAAGUCAAAGCGUUCUUGAGAGGAGAGAGUGACGCUUGAAGUAUGGGAAAGUUGUAUAGCACAUUGCUUGUUUUACCACAUGCAUCAUGCUGACUGUGUUUUGAGAUACCAGAAGCCCAGUAUUGUACAUGUGAACUAGCUUUCCACCUCGUCAUUUUUCCUCCACCGAAAAUGUCAUACGAAUCGGGAGUCCUUCUAGGGACGUCCAAGGCCGAUUCG